AUGGCUCGUACUAAGUGUUGGGCUCGUAAGUCGACCGGAGGAAAGACACCAAGAAAGCAACUCGUUCGAACGAUCUUUGCUGCUGCUCGCAAGACAGCGCCAGUAACAGGAGGAGUGAAGAAGCCUCGUCGUUACCGCCCUGGAACCGUAGCUCUUCGUGAAAUUCGCAAGUAUCAGAAGGGAGCUGAGCUGCUGCUCAUCAGGAAGAUGCCCUUCCAGAGGGUCGUCAGGGAGAUCGCCCAGCUUCACAAGAGUGACCUGCGUUUCCAGAGCCAUGCGAUCCUUGCUCUGCAGGAGGCGGCAGAGGCGUAUCUCGUGGGUCUCUUCGAGGACACCAACCUGUGUGCCAUCCAUGCCAAGCGAGUGACCAUCAUGCCCAAAGAUGUUCAUCUGGCUACCAGGAUCCGUGGCGAAAGGCACUAA